AUGAAGCAUCAUUUGGGGUUCUGUUCAGGCCGCUGCCAAUCAUCUCGACAGAAGUACUUGCAGGACCAAAUAAACGUCCUAAAAGGUAUGUGUACUCUUUUUAAUUUCACCUUAGCUUUCUAAAACUGUGGACGAUUAGCUUCAUUGUGGUUUAAACUGUCCUCGGCUGGCUUGAGUAGUUCGUUUUUUAGUAUUUGAAAAAUUCUUUCAUUGAUAUUAUUUUAGACAGGGUCAAUCAAAACCGAGAGGUUCCCUAUGAGUUCUACGGAAAUCCUGAUGUCAGCGACUUUCAAAUACAAGCCGACGGCAAAACCUUUCAUGUAAGUUAUGCAUGGUUUCCAUUAGUCCCGCAAUUUUAGGUAACAAAAAAUCAGCUAGCACUCAAGUCCAAAGUCUUCAAGAGAAUGUUCACGAUUGACAUGAAGGAGAAAACAGAAGGUGUUAUGAGGAUUGAUGCAGAUGCGGAGUCUGUUGGGGCCAUGCUUGAAUACAUUUACAUGUUCAGGAAGGUCAAGGGAAACGAAUUGGCGAGAAAAGUUGUUCAACUGGCCCAUUGUUACGAAAUCGAUGAUCUAAAGGUUGCGUUGUUUUGAUGUUUCUUUAUUGUUUUAGGAUCUAAGAGAAUGGAGUUUCUAAAAUUAUGUUAACGAGAUUUAUAUAAUAUAUUAUAACAUAUAUCUUUAUUGUCCCUUUGAUGGUUAUUCUAAUUUCAGGAGCAAUGUGAGCUUGAAAUCUUGGAAACUCUGACCGUCAACGAUGCUGAGGAGAGUUUAUUGUUGGCAUCUCAACUCCGUCUUCCCCUGGUUUUCUUGAAAUGCAACGAAUUCCUCUUUUUCAAUUUUAUCGACUUCUGUGGGACUCCGAUUUCCCUCACUCCCCCAUCACUGUAUUUUAACCUUGCGGGUGAUUGUGUGUCCUACCUUACCAUCACCAAUCACUCUCAGUUUCCAAUCGUUUUCAAGUUGUAUGUAACAAAGCCUUCCGAAUCCCUGACGGAUUAUCAAAUUGUGUCUCCGAACAAGAGUCUGACUCUAUCUCCAAGCCGGUUCGCCAAAUAUAAUAAGUCCAGUACCACCGGCGAAGUGUACUUUACGUCGUAUGUCCACGAUUCCACUGACUACGAUCUUCUCCAUAUUCUUCCGAACACACGGUGCUUGCCUAUCGAUAUUUUUUAA